UCUCUCAAUUAUGUAUUAUAUAUGCUGUAUCAUUGGUAAUAGAAGGGGACAAGGAAAUCAAUUACUUUCAUGGUAUCACCCCUUUGAGCAGAUCUCGAUCUCCUCUGCCAUCGUUUCCUUCACCUUUUUUUUCUUAUUUUCAUUGAUCAUGGGAGACAAGACAGAUGCCUCAACUCCUGCAGAACCGAAACAGCCCAUUCUUCACCUUGUAUACACCGUCACGAACAUACAAAACAAAGUCCGUGUCCUCGAUGGUAUUGAGGUCUCUUACCCGACAUGGGUCAAGCUUUUUAUGCUCCACGCCACCGGGUACGAUGUGGUUAAUCACAUCGAUGGCUCUCCGGCACCCAAGAAAAACACACCUGAAUAUGCACCGUGGAAGAAGAUAAAUGCAGUGGUAUUACAAUGGAUCUACGGUACCCUUAGUAACGAUCUCCUAGUUCGUGUUCUUGAAGAUCAGUCAACCGCGUAUGAGGCAUGGACCCGAGUCAAAACUCUGUUUCUAAAUAACAAAGGACCACGUGCCAUGGCCCUUCAACAUGAAUUGACCAACAUCACACUCGCCUCCAUGCCCAACCUCGAAGCUUACUGCCAGAAAAUCCACGACCUUUCAGACCAACUAGCCGCAGUUGACUGCCCGCUCAGCAACACCUAGCGCAUUCUUCAUCUUCUCAACGGCCUUCCCCGGGAAUAUGAUACAACGGCCUCCAUCCUCAAUCAGAAUCUACCCCCAUGGGAGCAGGCUGUCGAACAGUUGCAGGUUGAGGCACGCCGGAUCGCGGCGCGAGAGGCUCGCAAUCCGACCCCCGUCAUCGCUGUCGUAACCCAACAACCUGAGAAAAGCCGCUCCAACACUCGUGACCAGAACAGAGACAACAUGGACAACAAUCGCCGUAAUUAUCAGCGUCGUGAUCAGAACAGAGGGAAUCGUUCCUCUCACCGUGGACAAGGUUACUCGCCACAACAGCCCCAUCAAUCCCAGCCUCCGUAUGUCCCGAAUUGGGCUCCACAGCAGGCCUACAUGCCUUACUGGGCUCCGCCCCCUUGUCCAUUUCCAACUCAGACCUGGGCUCCGCAGCAAUGGGCUCCUCGGCCCACCUCUGGUUCCAACAACAACUAUUCUGCAGGCCCCUCUAAUAGCCAAGCACAUGCCCACCUGGUUGGGGUCGAUCCACUUGAACCUACAAGCCUAGCAAACGCGGUUCAGGCCAUGUCUCUGGAGUCCGGUUCUCGCAACAAUGAACAGUGGCAUUUUGACACAGGAUUACAAGGAUGGCACGAUCCUCAGUCGUCACAACAGCACCAGUGAUCUCUAUCCGCUCACCUCCAAUGCUUCCGCCACGACUUGCUUUGCUUCCACCAAAGUCUCUCCAUUUUGGCAUCACCGACUUGGACACCCGGGUCAACCCAUCAUGGAGUUUCUAAAUUCUAAGCAUUUUAUUUCGUACAAUAAACCAAAAUUACCUUUUGUUUGCCAAUCUUGUCAGUUAUCCAAACAUAAACGGUUGCCA